AUUGAAGAUACCGCAGUUAGUUGAACUAGUGCCAGGGAGUACAACAACGAAACGAAUAUGUUUAAUAAUCGAAAAAAUCGAAAUAGGAAAGAUGCGUCUUAUAAAAACUUCAUUUGUGCCCUUUUAGCGUUUUUGGCAAUGUUAAUUUUGAUAUCUCUACUAUUAUACGCGUUUAAGAAACCAAAUACUACAAAAAUAACGGACGAACCUGAAUCCGAUUAUAAUAAAGGCAAAAAUAAUAAACCUACAACACCUGAAACCACCACUCAACAUUCAAUUACAACAAUCAGGAAUAGUUUUGAUACAGAAACAAAUCUUACUACUAGCAGUACACUUCAACCAUCGACAUCAACUGUUGGUUCAAACACAACAUCUGUUCUAAAAUUAUUUGCAUCUACAAGGAGUAUUUCAACCCAAACAACUGCUACAAACACUACAUCUACUGAAACAAGCUUGCCAAUACCUACAACAAGCAGUACCCGUGUGGUUACCACAGAAAAAACAAAACCAAGUGCAGUAAUUACUACUGAAUCUGGUAAUUUAGCACUUACAAGUAGUACCCCUGUCUUACCAACAGAAGAAGCCACAACAAGUACAAUAAUUACUAAUGAAUCUGAUAAUUUAGCACCUACAAACAGUACCCAUGUGGUUACCACAGAAAAAACAAGACCAAGUGCAGUAAUUACUACUGAAUCUGGUAAUUUAGCACUUACAAGUAGUACCCCUGUGGUACCCACAGAAGAAGCCACACCAAGGACAAUAAUUACUAAUGAAUCUGAUAAUUUGGCACCUACAAAUAGUACCCAUGUGGUUACCACAGAAAAAACAAAACCAAGUGCAGUAAUUACUACUGAAUCUGGUAAUUUAGCACCUACAACAAGUAGUACCCCUGAGGUUUCUACAGUAACAACCACUACUGAGUCUGUUGGUACUCAUAAAAUCUUAUCUGCUGAUUCUUCUACAUCUUCAUUCGAUAUAGGGGAAUAUGUUUCUACUGAUACCACACCUGCACCGUUUGAAGAAAAAAUUUGUGAAGAAGCUAUUUGUAAGAGGGUGUCUUCGACGAUGUUGUCGAUGAUGAAUCAUGAGAAUAUUAAUAAAUGCGGUGAUUAUUUCAAUAAGAUUUGUCUUAAUCCGGAAGAAGGCAGCGAGGAUCGUUUUUUGAGGCAAAUGUUUAAAAAUUUGAUCCAUUUAAUCGAUAGAAAUCAUUCUGAUGGAAUUGGAUUUUUUGGUGAUUUUUAUCACGCCUGCAACAAUCACGCGCAUUCUAUUAACAGGAUAAAUAGAAUCAAAAAUCUGAAACAAAUUCCUGGAAGCGACUUUUCCGAUAUAGUUGUAGAAUCUAUUUUGACACAAUCCAUGCCUUUUUUUGACGUUGGAUUGAAUAUUAGAAACGACAUAUUCAUACUUGAGAUGACAUUGCCUGGAUUGAGCUAUCUAAAAACUAAUAUUAAGGGUUGGUCUCUACGAGAACAGAUCAAAGAAAGUUGCUUCGUUGAAAUCGCUGGUAGCGUUGUGGACAACAUCGUGAGAUUAAAUCAAAUAUCCAGCUACGUCGAUAAAUGCAUUCAAACAGAAAUUGAAAAUUAUAUAAUUCAAUUUUCGCAAGAAAUAGAGGAAAUUAGUAAAAUUGACGACAUGGAUUUCUUGAAAAAUAUUGUACCCAAGGAAGAAACAAAAAUGAAUUUUUUCGAAAUUUUAAAUAUAAUUCAGGAAAAUUUAGCGUUAUAUCGUAACGUCCCUAAUUCAUACGGAAAAUCAAAGUCAAUUACAUUGCAUGAAUUAAAUAAAAAAUAUGACUUGGAUAUUGAUUGGAUUGAAUUAUUUGAAAAAUUAUUAGGAAAACAUAAAGUGACAGGAGAUACUAAUAUAUUAUUCUCGGAUUAUUUAAAUGAAGUUUUCACACAAUUGAGCGAUAAAAAAUAUAACGUCACGGAAAUGUUAAAUUUGUGGUAUAACGUGGAAUAUUAUAAAAAUUUCGUCAUAGAAAGACAUAUUGGCAACAGAGGGCUGUACUGUAUGAAACUAACGUCUCAACUUAUGCCAGAAAUAUCGUCGUACUUGAUAACAAACAUAACCAACAAAAACACUGAAAAAAAUUCUGCUUCAAUCGAAAAUAUAGCGAAAAAAAUGAUGGACGAAAUAAAAACAUCUUUUCAAAUCGCUAAUUUGGGAGGAAAUAGUAUAAAAUUGAUCCAAGAAAAAUUAGACAAUUGUAACAUAAAAGGUCCUGAAUUGUUUAUUGUAGAAGAUAGUAAAUUUCCACCAAAAAUUAACGAAACAUACGAAAACCAGCUCAUAGAAAUGAUACGAACAUAUAAACGAACAAUUUAUGAUAAAGCUAUGAAUAAUGUUACAAGCAAAAUCUUAUUAAAAUUUUUCGUGAGUCCUUUUGAUACGCAACCUAGAACUUUUCCCCCGUUCAAAGACAUAGUUUACCAGCCGGGAUACGUUUUCGAUAUAACGAAAGAUUUACCGAAUUACGUCAUUUUGGCCAAAAAAGGAUUACCAUUAGCACAGGAAAUAUUUAAGCAAAUUAUUUAUAACGAUCAUCCGAAUCAAUUAAAUAACGAAGAAAUUAUAAUUUACAAACAUUUAAACAAAUCUUCAAAAACGGGGAAUUUAUUAGGGUCGCGGUACACAGUGGAAAAAAUCGAAUGUGAAGUUGAGGGAGCGUCAGAGAUAAAUCUGAAUUACGAAUCUUUAGUAUGUGAUAAUAGGGCAUUCAAAUUGGUAUUUGAACUUUUCCAGAACGAACCGAAUGACGAAGAAUUACCGUUCGUUAAUAAUAUACCGGUCGAAGAAAAUUUUCUUACGCUUGCUCUUCAAGAUUUUUGCAAGCCGAACGAUUUGGCUGAUUUCAUAGCUGAUUAUUACAACAAGAAACUACCGGCUCCGAUCAAAAUUAAAAAUAUGAUUACAAAUUCGAAUUUAUUUAUUGAUACGUUUAAUUGUUGAAAGGAAAAUAAAUUUUUUAAUAUUUGCAAUAA